AAAAAGAACAAAAGAGGAAGGUGAACAACAACAUGAAGUGGAGGAUGAACAUCAGCACCACAGUUCUUUCAGUUCCUCACAGACUGAUGAGGAUUCACCUCAAGAAAUCUCUUUUGCAUGCCAUCUUUAUGGUGAGACUUUUUCACAAAAAGGACAUUUAAAUGUUGAAUUAAAGACUCACACAGGAGUAAUGCAAUACACCUGUCCUCAGUGUGAUAAGACUUGCACAAGUAAAGGCAAUCUUAAGGAUCAUUUAUUAAGUCACACUGGUGAGAGGACCUUUGCAUGCCCUCAAUGUGGUAAAUGUUUUAAACGACAAAGAAAUCUUAAUGUUCACAUAAAGACUCACACCGGGGAAAGGCCAUACAGCUGCCCUCAAUGUGAUAAGCGUUUUUCACAAAUAGGAAAUCUUAAUGUUCACAUAAAGGCUCACACAGGAGAAAGGCCAUACGCUUGUCCUCAUUGUGCAAAGACUUAUAUACGUAAUGGAGAUCUUAAGCAACAUUUAAUAAUUCACACAGAUGAGGGACCCUUCACUUGCCCUCAGUGUGAUAAGGCUUUUUCACAAAAAAGAAACCUUGCUGUUCACAUAAAGUCUCAUACUGAGGAUAGUCUACAUACCUGCCCUCAAUGUGGAAAGACUUACAAAUGGAAAAGGGAUCUUAAGAAACAUUUAAUAUUUCACACAGAUGAAGGGCCCUUCACUUGCCUUCAGUGUGGAAAGUGUUUUAAACAACAAAGAAAUCUUAAUGUUCACAUAAUGACUCACACUGGAGAAAGGCCAUACAGCUGCCCUCAAUGUGGAAAGACUUACAGACGUAAAGACCACCUUAAGGAACAUAUAGUGACUCACAGUGAUAAGAAGCCCUUCACCUGCCCUCACUGUUAUAAGGGUUUUUCACGGAAAAUACAUCUUAGUGAUCACAUACAGACUCAUAAUGGAGAAAGGCCAUACGCCUGUCCUCAGUGUAAUAAGGGUUUUAUACGAAAAAGUAUACUUAAUUUUCACUUGAAGACUCACACUAGAGAAAAGACAAAGACAUACACCUGUUCUCUGUGUGGAAAGACUUACACAUGUAAAGAGUCCUUGAAAGAACAUAAAAUAAGUCACACUGACCACAAACCUUUCUCUUGUUUUCAGUGUGGAAAGAGUUUUAGACAAAAAGGAAACUUUAAUAUUCACAUGAGGAGUCACAGUGGUGAUGGGCUUUACACCUGUCCUCAUUGUGUAAAGAGAUUCACAAGAAAAGCACAUUUAGAUAAUCACAUACGCAUUCACACUGGAGAGAAACCUUUCACGUGCCCUCAGUGUGACAAGAGUUUUACACAACGUGGAAAUCUUCUGUAUCACAUACGAGUUCAUACAGGUGAGAAGCCAUCUGUGUGCCAUCUGUGUGAUAAGAGUUACGCACAGGCAGAAGGUCUCAAAAAGCAUCUGCUGUCUGUCCAUUCUGUAUAAAACCCCUAAAAGUGUUCACAUUGUGUAAAGAGUUUUAUUGAGUCUGUGACGCUGAUCAAACACAAGUGACUGUAUACUGGAGAGAAGCUGCACCGCUGUCAUUCAUGUUGAAGAAGUUUCAGACGAUCACACAGCUGCAGACUCACAGAGAAAAGCGCUGUCUGUAAAGAGUGAACAAAGAUCAACUUCAGUCUUCAGGUCCAAACACAUGAUGUGAAAUAAAGAUAAACCUCACGAUUGAAUUACUCCAAAAUAUAUUAAUUGUAAUAGAUUCAAUGAGGUGGUGAAAUUUAUUAUUUCUUGUAACUUAACUUGUGUAAAUUAGAGCAUUGUGUUAGCAAAGGCAAACGAUCAUGCGUUCGAUCCUAGGAACACACAUUUUUAAUCAAAUGUAUAGCUUAAUGCAGUGGUUCUCAAACUGGGGUCCGGGGCCCCCAGGGGGGCCGCGAGAUGGUGCCAGGGGGCCCCAGUUUUAUGACAUUUUUAUCAAAUACAUUAAUUUAUCAUGAAUUCUGUGAAAUGAAACCUAAAAAAAGGCAGAACUACUAUGUAUAAUUUAAUGUUUUGUUUAAUUAAAAUGUGAAGUUUUAGAACUGUUUUUUGUCAUACAUUUUCUUUGGGGGAGGGGGGGGGCGAAAGAAUGCACCGUACACAAAGGGGGCUGCACGCUGAAAAAGUUUGAGACCACUGGCUUAAUGUAUGUAUACCAAAUGCAUUCAGUCUUUCGUCUGUUUAUUGUGUUAUUAUUAAAGUGAAUGCAGUUAAAACUA